AUGGCAAAAGAUUGGCCAAAGAUUGAAGGCGUGUACACGUCAAUAACGCCGAUAUGUGAAUCAUUGAAAAAAGUGGCUCAUCGAUGCGACCAUGAUUUCGUAUCAAUGAGCUUCAUUCCAAAAACAACUAUCGAAGAAUCGACAUCCAGUCAACAAAGUCAAGAUGAAAUGUCUCCGUCGUAUAUGUAUUCAAUGCUGUUCAAAGAAAUUAUACUAGAAAUCGAUGAAGAUGAUACAAAGUCCAUUAAAAAUUUACUUUUCUACUGCCGCCAUCAUGAUGUACCGGAAUCAGAAUUGAUUAAUUUUCAGAAGGAAUACAGUCACAAAACACCAGUUGAAUGGUAUAGUUGCAACAUGUUUCUUUUUGGCAUGAUUAACCGUGCGUUGUGGUCAUUGGAUAUGGAAACUAUGACCAAAACUGGCUUCUUCAUUCGUAAUCUUCAUCGGCAGCUUGAACAGUUGAAUAGACAACAAGCUUGUACUUUUGAACAGAAAUUUAUGGUCUACCGAGGUCAAGGAUUUACUAAACAGGAAUUUGGAUGUUUGACAAAAGUCAAGGGUGGUCUGUUAGCAUUCAAUAAUUUCUUAUCGACUAGUAAAGAAAAAAAUGUUGCAACAGGAUUUGUCGAAGAAUAA